AUGUACAUUGCGAAGAAGACUACAGUUUUAUUUAUACUCCUCAAUUUCACGCUAUUCAUCCAGAUCAUCAAAGUGUCGUUCUUAAACUCAAAUAAACUCACUGCGACGAUAUCAACCAGCCUCCUUGUCAUAGCUUCUGUAUACUAUAUAUCAACCCAAUAUAUCAUUCCCAAGUUAACAGAAAUCACUAACAACAACAAUAACCCCAAUAACUCCGACAACUCCAACUACCAAAGUAACAAUAUCUUGCCCUUUAACAUUCCACAGCUAUUACACAAAAUGAUAAACUCGAAAUACGGUAGAAUAGGCAGCGAUAGGUUUAGGUCUAAGAAGAGCAAGGAACAUCGUUUUGCCAUGAAGAACGGAGGAGAAUUGGGAGGCAUAAGUAAUGAUGGAAAUACGUGUUUCAUGAACUCUGUGAUACAGUCUUUAGCAUCUUCCAGGCAGUUGAUGAAAUUUAUUGAUUCAUACUUGUACGCGGAGAUCGAAAUCGACACUAAUAAAACGAGCGGCGAAAAGAUUACCAUGAAAUCUAAUCAACCGAGACCGGAAUUGACGUUCACCAAUGCAUUGAAACUACUUCUCGAUAAUGUUAAUGGGAAAUAUGGCUCUCGAGGUAAAGAAUUUACAACAAAACAAUUAUUGAACAAAAUGCCAAAUGGACCAAAACAAAAUUUCUUUAGUGGAUACAACCAAGAGGAUGCACAAGAGUUUUACCAACUCAUAAUGGGUCUUUUGGAAAAAGAAUUUAAAAAAAUGAGUCUUAGCCGUCUUCCAACUCCAGAACCCGAGGAGAAUAGUAGCUCGAGCAAAAAGGAGACCAAAUUCAUCGACGUUCGAAACUUGAAAGAAGUGAUUUCGGGAUGCAAGAAGUUGGGCAAACUAGGAACUGUUUACGUUCCAGCUAUGCAAAUUGACCCUAAUAUAGACGAUGCAGAGCAUAAAGUUGUACCAUUGCAGUUAAUCACACCUGUAGAUGGGAUUACAGCCGAACGUGUUGGUUGUUUAACAUGUGGAGAAUCGGGUGGUAUAAGGUACGCUGUCAAUAGUGGGUUGAGUUUGAACUUACCAACUGGUGGCCACCAGUCAUCAUCAUACCAUCAUUCAGGCUUUACACUCGCGCAAUUAUUGGACGAGUGGAUCAAGCCAGAAACAAUUGAUGAUGUAAAUUGUAAUAGAUGCGGUCUUGUACAGACUCGAGAGUUUCUUCUACGCAAACUUGACGAAUUGAAAGGCGCCGAUGAAAGUUUGUUGAGCAAAUUACAAGUAAGAAUCACAGAUAUUGAACGAGAACUAGCCAAGUACCAAGUCACCGACGAGGCGUUUGAAAAAUUGACCACUAAGAAUCAGAUCAAAAAGAGUAAAAAAACAAAGCAGAUUUUCUUGGACAGACCACCUCCAUUGCUUAGUAUUCAUAUCAACCGCUCCCAGUUUGAUCCAAGAACCUAUAUGGUGAUUAAAAAUCCAAGUAAUGUAACUUUUCCCGCAGUGCUUGACUUGAAUAGGUACAUUGUCGAGCCAAACGAUAUCAACAUGGAUGCAAGAUUGCACAUGAGGAAACAAGACGAAAUACAUCAGAACAUUUUGAGAAGCAAACAAAAGGCUAAUGAAAAUUCUUGGAUCCAGGAUGGUAAAGAUGGUGUUGGGGAAGACAAAGAGUUAUCUGCAUCCAAUUCCGAGUCUUCUGCAUCGUCUUUAACCGCUUCUUAUAAUGAGAAGGUGAUUGAUACAGACGGAAGCCCUAUUACAACGUUGGACACCUCGAUUCCAACUCCAGCCGACACUGCUACAUCAGACUCAAGACUCUUUUACAAUUUAAAAGCCGUCAUUGUGCAUUAUGGAACCCAUAAUUAUGGGCAUUACAUAUGUUACAGGAAAUUACGUGGAACAUGGUGGAGGAUCAGCGAUGAGUCUGUGUAUGUUGUUACCGAAGAUGAGGUUCUUAAUGGACAAGGGACAUUCAUGUUAUUUUACGAAUUUGAUGAUGGGUUCAAGGAGGUGCUUCAAAAUGUCACUGAUGAUGAGGAAGAGCAAGAAGAAAGGCUAGAAAGUGGACAGGUAGAUGGACAAAAGGGUAAUCAAGAGAGAGGUGCUGAAGGAAUUCCAAACGCUGAUGAAAAUGACCAUGGUGACUUGAAGAGCAACAAAAACAAUAACAAUAAUCUGAUUUCAAAUGGUGUCACAAACAAUGUAUCAUCUGCCUCAGAAGAAAGUGAUGUUGAAGAAAGCGACCGAGCAGUAUCGGAGGAUCUGGAAUAUCACAUAUCCCGUUCUGAUGUGGAUAUGGAAGAUGAAGAUGCAAAAGAGCCAUCAAAGGAAGAACCCGUCCAAGAACGAGAGGAUGCAUUUUUUAACGUAGCGGAAGCUCAAGUACAUCUUUAG